UACUAGUCAUUGCCAUUGCCAUUGCUAUUGCCAUUGCUGUCUCUUUCUCCGUUUUGACAUUGACUUGACUUCUCUAUCAAAAAAAUCCCCAAAUCCUACAUGUAACACCAUUUUGUCUGUGAUUCAUACUCUAACGUGUGUGGAUUGGAUAUUACUAGAAGAUCCAGUUUGCUUUGCUUGCUUGCUCGCUUGCUUUGCUUUGAUCUGAUCUGAUCCUCCUUUUUUCUUCAUCUCCUUCUUUUAGUUCUAAUCUAAUACGGAGUAAAAGACUACAUAUCUGCCUACCCGUGGACCUACUUUAUUAGUAAUAUCUAUCUUCUCUUCUAGCCCUUUCACUCUACUUUCUCCCACUCCUACGGCUACAGAAUCUGAAGUUGGAACCAACCGAAAAGAUUCAUUCACCUCUUUUUCGACCUCCACUUCUUUCCUAUUUAGUACAUAUCAUACAUAUUACCUACCAUACAUACCAUACCAUACAAUCCAUCCACCACUACCACCACCACCACCACACCAUCUAUCCAUCCAUCCAUCCAUCCAUCCAUCCCCCUCCCACACAAACCUUACUACUCCCAUCUAUCGAGCCGUCUCACAUCUCACAUCUCACAUCUCACUCCAUCCAACCUCCAACCUCCAACCUCCAACCUCAAUUAGUAAAAUCCACAUCCACAUCCACAUCCACACCCACCCACACCUUCACCCACUUCAACAUCAACAACAUCAUCCAUCAUAUUACUUUUCUCAUCCGAACAUCAUCAACCUGGAUCAAUCAAUCAAUAACCUCACUUAAUUCAAUCAUUAUCAAUUUGUCCCUCCCAUAACCAAUUUUAUUUAUUUUCGAAUUGCCGAAUGCGAUUAAUAGCUUUGGAAUUUUAGUAUUCACUUGGCAUCAUUGGAAUAGGUGGUGUUGCGACAGAUUGUAAGACCUAGGUAAAUAAAAAAAAGUUGCAAACGCGCAUUUCCACACUUCCAUCACAACUUCAAUCUAUAAGCAAACUGUUGCGCACAAUCAAAAGCAUAUCAUCCAAAACACUUUCGAAAUCACAUCAAAGGUCGAUUAAUCCACAAUGUCUAUGUACAAUCAUCGCGGUUUGGGUCCUGCCCCAGGUACCGCUCGAUUGAAUGAAUUAUUGGAUGGCAUUCGCGCCGAAUUCGAUACACAACAACGAGCAAGUGGGGAAUAUGAACAUAAUAUUGCACAACAAAUACAGGAGAUGCAAAUGGUUCGAGAGAAGGUCUAUCAAAUGGAACAAACACAUCUAGCUUUGAAGCAAAAAUAUGACGAUGAAAUUCAACGCCUUCGCCACGAACUCGAGGCCAGAGGAGGCGCUUCUCGUCCACCUGCUAUGGGUGGCCCUCCACAACACGCUCCAUCCCAAGCACCACCAGCAAUCGGACAUGGCCCAAGCAAUCUUUUUGGAGGUAUAAUGGCUGGUCAAGCAGCUCAAGGAGGUCCAGGUUUGGCUCCUCCGCCACAACAACAAGAUGCGCAAGGUCCACUUCCACCACACGCGAUGCCUCAACCACAACCAACCCUUCAAGGUCCUCCACCAAAUCAACAAGGUCCUUUCCAAGGUGGUUAUCCUCCACAAGGUCCUCCACAGAAUGGUCCAUAUGGUGCUCAACCUCCUCAAUCAACCGCUUCUCCCGGUCCCGGUAAAGGAGGCCCACGCCAAAACCGUGGUCCAGGUGGCCCAGCAACUCCUCAGAUGCCGCAACAAUUGCCAUACAACAACGAUCCUAGGCAAUCACCACAAGUCGUUCACCCAUUAGCUGGUAUCGCUCGUGGACCUCAAUACCCAGUCGGUAAUGUGGGAAACGCUUUGGCAGAAUUGGACCUUGAACGAUUACCACCACAAUUUAAGAAAGUAGAGGCCGAUUGGUUCGCGAUUUUCAACCCAGAUGUUCCAAAGAUUCUUGAUGUUGAUCUCGUUCAUACCCUCAUUCACGAAUCUGUGGUUUGUUGUGUUCGUUUCAGUCACGAUGGAAAAUUUGUCGCAACUGGUUGCAAUAGAUCCGCUCAAAUCUAUGAUGUUGUCAGUGGAAACAAAGUUUGCGUCCUUCAAGAUGAUUCUGUGGACUCCGUUGGAGAUCUUUACAUUAGAAGUGUUUGCUUUAGUCCAGAUGGAAGAUAUCUCGCUACGGGUGCAGAGGAUAAAUUGAUCAGGGUUUGGGAUAUUGCUACACGAACAAUUAGAAAUACCUUCUCAGGACAUGAACAAGAUAUCUAUUCAUUGGAUUUCGCUCGUGAUGGUCGUACCAUUGCUUCCGGAAGUGGUGAUCGUACUGUUCGUCUUUGGGAUAUUGAAGCUAGUCAAAACAUCUUGACUCUUAGCAUUGAAGAUGGUGUUACAACUGUCGCCAUCUCACCUGAUACCAAGUAUGUCGCUGCUGGUUCACUUGAUAAGAGUGUUCGCGUUUGGGAUGCUGCUACUGGGUACUUGGUAGAAAGACUUGAAGGUCCAGAUGGUCACAAGGACAGUGUUUAUUCUGUUGCAUUCGCACCAAACGGAAAAGACCUCGUUUCCGGAAGUUUGGAUAAAACCAUUAAGAUGUGGGAACUUGUCGCUCCCAGAGGCGGUCACCCAAAUACAGGUCCAAAGGGUGGAAGAUGUUUACGUACAUUUGAAGGACACAAGGACUUUGUUCUUUCCGUCGCUCUCACUCCAGAUGGAGCUUGGGUUCUUUCCGGAUCAAAGGAUAGAGGUGUUCAAUUCUGGGAUCCAAGAACUGGUAACACUCAACUUAUGUUACAAGGUCAUAAGAACUCUGUUAUUUCCGUGGCACCAAGUCCUUCAGGAGGUUCUUUCGCUACUGGUUCGGGUGAUAUGAGAGCGAGAAUCUGGAGUUACAAGAACAUCUAAUAGACUGUUGAUAUAAUGAAGAACUUGUGGUGGGAAUGAAAGUAAGAAAAAAUUCAAGAAACUGAAGAGGAGAGGAGAAGAAGAAAAAACAAAAACAUGUUAUUGUAUCAUACCAAAGGCGAGGCGAUCAAUGGCGUACUUGGUAUGUUGAACCUGGUGAAUAUGGUAUCUGAUUGACUCUUUAUUCAUUGAGAAAUUUUAUGUUGGCAAGUUCAUGGUGGACUGAAAUGGCAAUAUAUCUCUAGGGAGGUUUCUCAUUUGGAUGUUGGGGAUGCGAUGCAUGCAUGGGUUUCGUUUGUCUUAUAGGAAUUAUUUGAUGGGAAGGGGAGGGAGAAAUGAAAUAAAUAUAUUUGAUACGAUAGAUCAAUGAGAUGUAAUUUUUUUUUUUU